ACGAUCGCUUUCUUCGCCACAACUCCGACGGGACAGGACAAGGAGGGGAGGUAGAGGACAGCGGAUGUGCAUUCCAGCCCUCAGCACUUUGUCAUUGUACUGUCUAGGUUCAGGAGUGGCAGAAAGUUAAGGUGACUCUUGCGGCUUGGGUUGAGCAAGAGGCAGGACCAAGAAGCCCAGGAGCUGGGAUAUGGAGCUACUGUCGCCGCCACUCCGGGACGUAGACUUGACAGGCCCCGACGGCUCUCUCUGCUCCUUUGCCACAGCCGACGACUUCUAUGAUGACCCGUGUUUCGACUCACCCGACCUGCGCUUUUUCGAGGACCUGGACCCGCGCCUGGUGCAUGUGGGGACCCUCCUGAAACCGGAGGAACACACACACUUCCCCACCGCGGUGCACCCAGGCCCAGGCGCUCGCGAGGAUGAGCAUGUGCGCGCUCCUAGCGGGCACCACCAGGCUGGUCGCUGCUUGCUGUGGGCCUGCAAGGCGUGCAAGCGCAAGACCACCAACGCUGAUCGCCGCAAGGCCGCCACCAUGCGCGAGCGGCGCCGCCUGAGCAAAGUCAACGAGGCCUUCGAGACGCUCAAGCGCUGCACGUCCAGCAACCCGAACCAGCGGCUGCCCAAGGUGGAGAUCCUGCGCAAUGCCAUCCGCUACAUUGAAGGCCUGCAGGCUCUGCUGCGCGACCAGGACGCAGCACCCCCUGGAGCCGCCUCCUUCUACUCGCCGGGCCCGCUGCCCCCAGGCCGAGGCAGCGAGCACUACAGCGGCGACUCGGACGCUUCCAGCCCGCGCUCCAACUGCUCCGACGGCAUGAUGGAUUACAGCGGCCCCCCGAGCGGCCCCCGGCGUCAGAACGGCUACGACGCCGCCUACUACAGCGAGGCGUCCAGCGAGUCCAGGCCAGGGAAGAGUGCGGCGGUGUCGAGCCUCGACUGCCUAUCCAGCAUCGUGGAGCGCAUCUCCACAGACAGCCCCGCCGCGCCUGCGCUGCUGCUGGCAGACGCAGCACCAGAAUCUCCUCCAGAGGGGGCAUCCCCAAGCGACACAGAGCAGGGGGCCCAGACCCCGUCCCCUGACGCCACCCCACAGUGCUCUGUAGUCGCGAACCCCAAUCCGAUCUACCAGGUGCUUUGAGAGGUAGGCUGGGCUGCGACCGGAGAGAGCGCACUGCCUACACUCUCGGGGAUAGUGCCCGAGGGUCCUUCACGCCCAAAAGAUGAAACUUAAACGACACUCCUCCCAACUGUCCUUUCAAAGCCACACAUCCAGAAGCUGGAGAGGGCCAGAGCAGAAGUCUGUCCUCACAUUGGUCCCCAAGGAAAGGACGCAGUCCCUUUGAUGUUGUUGUUGUUGUUGAUUUUGUUUGUUUUGUUUUUCAUGCGACUCAUAGAGACAGCCACUUGCUGUCCCUCAGUGGGCCAGAGCUGAUCCUUGAACAGCCAGGCCUUCUUCCUUUUCCUGACAGCUCCUCGCGCAGGGGUGAGCCUCACACACCUAAGCCCUGCCCUCCAAAUCCCGGGUGUUUGUAGAGACAACGAUCUCCACUUUCCGGGGGCCUCCCGACACCACAGCCCGGGGAGGCCGCUCCAGUCCCGUGUGUAACAGGUGUAACCAUACCCCACCCUCCCUUGACCCACUCGCGGUUCAGGACCACUUAUUUUUUUAUAUAAGACUUUUGUAAUCUAUUCGUGUAAAUAAGAGUUGCUUGGCCAGAGCCAGAGCCCCCUGGGCUGUAUUUAUCUCUGAGGCAUGCUGUGUAGUGAAACACGAACUUUGUAUGUUUAUUCCUCUGGUGGGCGAGCCUCGGGGCUCACUUGCUCAGGUGUUGCAA